CGCACAGAGACGCGAAUUUGGAGAUUUGGUCACAUACCAACGGGCACUCAAACUGUCAGGGGGGCGUGUAGAAGUUGAGACACUGUUACAACCUGCACUCAGCGUUGAGUAUACGGUUGAGGCUACCUUCCAACCGAGUGCUUCGUAUAGUGAUGCCUGUAGCUCGGCUGUGAGUGGCUUUACCGAAACUAUUCACAUCAGCAUCCAGGAGCGAAUUCCAGACCUUACGCUGAAUGUCUCCCCGGGUGGCACCAAGUUCCUAGUACAAAUGCUUACCAUGACAUUGAUCUACGCUCUUGAGAUGGCUCUAGACCCUUCUGUUUCCAUUGAUGAGGCGCCCUUUGUUUCUCGUGAGGUGUAUGAAUGGAAGCGCGGUCCCAUGAUACAACGACAAGACUUCGACAACAAGACCUUGUGUAUCAUACAGGUAGGGGCGCACGACCUCGCGUUCCGGUCCAUGCUGGCGACAUUUGAGUACAUGACGAAGGCUCUGGGGCUGAUACACGCCAUGGCAAUCAAUUUUCCCCACUCCACCUUUGUAGUACAAAGCACAGCCAGCUAUGGCAUACCCAAGAGCAGGGGUAUCCACACCAUCCGCUACAAGGCAGAAGGAAGCCGGCACUUCCGCAAAGAGACUAAUACGGGGUAG